AUGACUCGAGUCAAUCAGCUGAAGGGGAAGGAGAUGAAGCAGAAGGACUUUGCGCCUACAACCCUGCAGCAGAAGCUGGUCGAGCCACUUGCCAGGCACGUACCAGAGGCAAAGGCUGCGCAUGCAUGGCAGGAGCCGUUGAAGCAGGACCAGGUCUCGGAGCGGAAGUGGGUCCACGAGGGCCAGGCGCGCCACCGUGAACAGUGGGCGCAGGACGACGAGGCGCAGGGCUGGAAGCGCAGGGCGAGGGGCGAGCAGUGGGGCGAGGCGCAGGACGAGAAGUGGGACGACCAGCGGGACAAGGCGCAGGACGAGAAGUGGGACGAGCAGCGGGGCGAGGCGCAGGACGAGAAGUGGGGCGAGCAGCGGGGCGAGGCGCAGGGCGAGACGCGCAGGCAGCAGCGUCAUCAGCGGCGCGAGGCGGUGCACCAGCGCCAGCAGGCUGACAUGCAGAAGUGGCUCGCGGACGAGAAGGAGCAGUGGCUCAGCUGGAAGUGGGGCGAGGAGCAGCAGGCGCAGAAGCAGAAGUGGCCCGCGGACGAGUGGAAGCAAAAUCAGCAGUGGUUCCGCUCGGGGCGGGGCCGAGAGCAGCAGGCGCAGGAGGCGAAGCGGCCCGCGGACCGCGCGGAGGGUGAGUGGAAGGAGCACGCCAAUGAGCACUUGCAGGGGUCCGUGGGCAAG